GUGUGAACUGAAGUCUGAACUCUGGUGUCGCAGCUCUUCAUGCUCUCCAUUCCAUGCGGUUUGGCAGAUAUACAGCAUCCCGUUUGACUGGAGAAACUACUGAUGUCGGUCCGAAUUACCUAUCUCUUCUUCCCCUUUCUUAAAAAGUCCUCGUGUACACCCAUGCGAGUGUGGGGGUAUUCACGAGGGCCCCCCUUUUUCCUAUCCUGCCUGCUGGAUGCACCUCUUCAACGAAUGGAGCCAAAGUGGAUGCCUGGCCGUAUUUCCCGGGCAUAAAGAUCCCUCUCUUUAGCCUGCUCAUCUCCCCGUGUCUAUUUGUUGCUUGGGAAAUUUUCUGCUAUAAAAGCUGCCAGUCCGGACGGUAGAUCUUCACAAGCAUUCUUGCUCAUCUCCAAAGCAAAAGCAAAUUAUCCAACAUGCAACCGAUGUUCGCCGUCGCUCUUUUCGCCGCUUUGGUGGCCAUCGUCUCAUCCGCUCCCCAAGGCGGCAACACCCCAGUCCCGAUCCUCAGCUCCGAAUUCGAUCAGAAGGAGGAUGGCAGCUAUUCCUUCUCAUACGAAACUGGAGAUGGUAUUAAGCGAUCAGAGGCCGGAGAACAGAAGAAGAUUGGCGAAGAGUCCGGAUCUACCUCCAACGGCAGCAUCUCGUGGAAGACCCCCGAAGGCAAAACCGUCACCAUCACUUUCGUCGCUGACGAGAGGGGAUUCCAGCCUAAAGUGACUGUCUCAUAAGAAGUUUUGACACAUUCUUAUUGGACUAUUCUCAACUCACUGGACUGGACAAACCGAUAUCGCCAAAUCAAUCCCCCCUCCUCACCAGCCUUUGAUAUACAGUAUUUUGGUUCAUUGUUAUCAUCGCUUCAAUUAUUACGAUGAUGCAAUGAACCGAGCCGCCUAUUUUUAUUUUAAAAAUUAAGCUACGAGCGAAGCAAAACCCAAUUUGAAAAUUGGCGCCAAUAUUCCUAUUUGAAUUUUCCUAUUUCUUGAUUUUACUCGAAAACAAAAAUUCUAUUUGUCUAUACAACUCUAUCACACGCAACGCAUAGAAAUACACCUGUUUGUAUACCAAAA